AUGUUCGCCAGUUUCUUGCUAGGAAGUGCUGUGGCCUAUAACCUGGUCAUGGCCAUCUAUCGACUUCAUUUUCAUAAGCUCAGUAAGUAUCCGGGACCUCCUCUCGCGGCCGCAACGGGGCUAUACGAGGUUUACUUUUCGGUUUGGGGGCCGGAUAUUUUUCAACAGGAGAUCGAUGAGAUGCACCGGAAAUAUGGCCCCGUUGUUCGGAUUACCCCCGACGAGGUACACAUUCAAGAAUUAUUCGGGACUUCCAGCCACGCCGAUGGCUGGAUCAAGGGUACCCGGGAACUGGAAUCUGGAUAUUUCCAGCCAGGACGCAGUGGGCAGAAUUCCCAGGCUAACAGACCAUCGAUCUCUCGGGUGCGCUCUCUCAUCCGAAAGGAGGUCCACGAGAUCAUCGUUGGCUUGAUCGAGAAGCACCAGGUGCAUAAAGUGAUUGGCUCCAGCCUUCGACCAUUCGCUGCGGAGGACAAUGUUCAGCCAAUCGGAGAGAACGAGAUCGACGAUGCGGAUGCAGAACAUUCUUCGCAAUCGAAGGUUCCUUCAAGCCUUUGA